AUGGAUGGGAGUGAACUGCAGGGGGGUCCCGUCCAUUUGCGCUCCCGCAAGGUGUUGUUGGGGGUGGGAGACCACUGGGAACAGAUCCACUUUACGGUGGUACCUAAGGUUUCUUACCCAGUAGUUCUGGGUAGCAACUGGUUGGCGGGACACAACCCUAGCAUCAACUGGGAAAUGAGACGGGUGGUGUUUGGAGCUCCCCAAUGUGAAAGACACUGCAGGGAGAGCUUGCCCGGAGGGGAAGGGGGGGACGCUGCGACAGUUGAGGUGACAACGCUGCCCCCCGAGUAUAGAGACUUUGCGGACGUAUUCGAGGGGAAGGACUGUGAUUUGCUGCCCCCUCACUGCACAACGGACUGUGCUAUCAAACUGACAAAGGACAUUAAGCCAUCCAAAGCCCGGGUCUAUCCCAUGAGUCCCCAGGAGAAAGUUGUCAUGCAGGAGUUCCUCAACAAGAACUUAGCCCAGGGAUUCAUAUGGGACCCGGAUGAACACCGGGAGUUGGUGAGGGAAGUCUUGUGCCGCUUGCAAGAGCACCAUUUGUAUGCUAAACUUUUGAAGUGUGCUUUCAACCAGAACCAACUGUCUUUUCUCGGGUAUGUCAUGUCCCCCGAAGGUUUGAUCAUGGACCCCGAGAAGGACCUGCCCAGGCCGCGGCUGGCAGCCUUCGGCCUGGUGCCGAGCCCCGCAAGCGCUUCGGCGCGCCGGCCCCUGGCCCGUCGGGGUCGCCCCCGGCCGCCCUUCCCUUGGGCAGCGCCGCACAGGCCGCCUGCUGCGGAGCGCGCAGCCUGGGCGGUUCGUCCCGUCGCCUUGGGAGGGCUCGCGACCGGGCCGCCCACGGAGGCCGGACCCUCGCGGCAGGCCGGCUCCAGCCAGGGCGGGACCCGGCCUGCGGCGGCUUUGGGCAGCAGCGGCCAGGCGAGAGGGAGCUGGAGGCCGGCCCCGCGCCUGGGCGCGCGGCGUCGGAGGGAGGGAGGCAGCAGGGGGCGCUGCCCCUCCACCUCUGGCCAGGCGUCCGAGGGGGCGGGGGAGGCGGGCCGGGCCGGGCCGGGCCGGGCGGCCGAGGGGGCGGCCUCUCCUGGGCAGCGCGGCGCGGCGCAGCGCAGCGCAGCCGCCCUGCAGAAGCGCUCCCCUGCUUGCCGAGCGCGCCCGCCCACCCGCCCGGGAGCCGGAGAGCUGCGCAGAGGCCCCGCCGCGAUCCGCCCCCCCGUCCGAGGCGGCGCCGCCAUGGGGCGGCCCCCGCUGCUGGCCGUGGCGCUGGCCGGCCUGGCCGUGGCGGCGGCGUGGGGCGCGCGGGCGGGCGGCGAGGGGGCCAACGGCAGCGGCGGCACGGAGGUGCGGCUGGCGGCGGUGCUGCCGCAGCACAACGUGGGCUACGCGUGGGCCUGGCCGCGCGUGGCGCCGGCGCUGGGGCUGGCGCUGGAGGCGCUGGAGCCGGCGCUGCGGGCGGGCGGCCUGUCGGUGCGCACCCUCUUCGCCACGUCCGAGCUGGACGGCGCGUGCUCCGAGUACGUGGCGCCGCUGCAGGCCGUGGACCUGAAGCUCUACCACGACCCCGACGUGCUGCUGGGCCCGGGCUGCGUGUACCCGGCCGCCGCCGUGGGCCGCUUCGCCGCGCACUGGCGCCUGCCGCUGCUCACGGCGGGCGCCGUGGCGUCGGGCUUCGGCCGCAAGCACGAGGGCUUCCGCACGCUCGUGCGCCUCGGGCCCUCCGCCGCCCAGCUGGGCGCCCUGGCCGCGCGCCUCCACGCCGCCUUCAACUGGAGCGCGCGCGCCGCCCUGCUCUACGCCGACCGCAAGACCGACGACCGGCCCUUCUACUUCACCAUCGAGGGCGUCUACGAGGAGCUGCACGAGGCCGCCAACCUCACCGUCCGCUACCACAUCUACGCGCCCCCCCGACACGCCCCGGCCGGCGCCCCGGGCGGCGGCCAGGAAGAAGGCGGCGGGCCCGACACCGCCGUCCAGUUCAUCAAGGCCAACGGGCGAGUUGUCUACAUCUGUGGGCCGCUAGAGAUGUUGCACCAGAUCCUGCGCCUGGCCCAGUGUGAGAGCAUGACCAACGGGGACUACGUCUUCUUCUACGUGGACGUUUUUGGGGAGAGCCUGCAGGCCGAGGGGCAUCGCGAGGCAGCCAAGCCCUGGCAGAACAAGGAGAGCCGAGACCCAAGCGGCCUCCAAGAAGCCUUCCAGACGGUGCUGGUGAUCACGUACCAUGAGCCCCAAACGCCCGAAUACCGGCAUUUCCAGAACCAGCUGAUCCUGCGUGCCCGGGCAGAGUUUGGCGUGGAGCUCAAUGACUCGCUGAAGAACCUGGUGGCUGGCUGCUUCCACGACGGGCUGCUCCUGUAUGUUGCUGCGCUGAACGAGACGCUGCUUGAAGGCGGGACCAAGCGUGACACCAACCGCAUCCUCCAGAAGAUGAAGGGCAGGAAAUUCCAGGGCGUGACAGGGACGGUCAGUAUGGACAGCAACAAUGAUCGAGAGACGGACUUCGACGUGUGGGCCAUGGCGAACGUGGAGACCGGAGAAUACCAGGUGGUGGGUCAUUACGUGGGGUCCGAGAAGCAAAUCAACUGGCUGGGGCCCAUCCACUGGAAGAAGGGGGCGCCCCCUCUCGACAACCCACCCUGCGUCUUUGAGGUGGAUGACCCCUCCUGUGACAAAACUCCGUUCUCCACCUUGGCCAUUGUGGCACUGGGAGCCGGGCUCACCUUUAUCAUGUUUGGAGUCUCCAGCUUCCUGAUCUUCAGGAAGCUGAGGCUGGAGAAGGAGCUGGCGAGCAUGCUCUGGAGGAUCCGCUGGGAGGAGCUGCAGUUUGGGAGCUCCGAGCGCUACCACAAGGGGGCAGGCAGCCGACUCACCCUCUCUCUGCGUGGUUCCAGUUAUGGUUCUCUGAUGACAGCACAUGGCAAAUACCAGAUCUUUGCCAACACGGGCCUCUUCAAGGGGAACGUGGUGGCCAUCAAACACGUCAACAAGAAGCGGAUUGACCUGACGAGGCAGGUGCUCUUCGAGCUCAAACACAUACGAGACGUCCAGUUCAACCACCUGACGCGGUUCAUCGGGGCCUGCAUUGACCCCCCCAACAUCUGCAUUGUGACGGAAUACUGCCCCCGAGGCAGCCUGCAGGACAUUCUGGAGAACGAGAGCAUCAACCUGGACUGGAUGUUCCGCUACUCGCUCAUCAACGACCUUGUCAAGGGCAUGGCCUUUCUGCACAGCAGCACCAUCGGGUACCACGGCAGCCUCAAGUCCUCCAACUGCGUGGUGGACAGCCGCUUUGUGCUCAAGAUCACUGAUUACGGGCUGGCCAGCUUCCGGCAGAGCAGCGAGGGGGAGGGCAGCCAUUCCCUUUAUGCCAAGAAACUGUGGACGGCCCCUGAGCUCCUCCAGAGUAGGCACCUGCCUCCUCCCGCCAUGCAGAAAGCGGACGUGUACAGUUUUGGGAUCAUCCUCCAAGAGAUUGCCCUGCGCAACGGGGCCUUCUACGUAGAGGGCAUGGACCUCAGCCCCAAAGAGAUUGUGCAGAAGGUGCGCAACAGCCAGAGGCCGCACUUCCGCCCCACCGUCGACACGCGGCAGCACAGCGAGGAGCUGGCGGUGCUGAUGGAGCGCUGCUGGGCCCAAGAGCCGGCCGAGCGCCCUGACUUCGCCCAGAUCAAGAUCUUCAUCCGGCGGUUCAACAAGGAGGGCAGCACCAGCAUCCUGGACAACCUGCUCUCCCGCAUGGAGCAGUACGCCAACAACCUGGAGAAGCUGGUGGAGGAGCGUACCCAGGCCUACCUGGAGGAGAAGCGCAAGGCGGAGAACUUGCUCUACCAGAUCCUGCCCCACUCUGUGGCUGAGCAGCUGAAGCGCGGUGAGACGGUGCAGGCGGAGGCCUUUGACUGCGUCACCAUCUACUUCAGCGACAUCGUGGGCUUCACGUCCCUGUCGGCGGAGAGCACCCCCAUGCAGGUGGUGACCCUGCUCAAUGACCUUUACACCUGCUUCGACGCCAUCAUCGACAACUUUGACGUCUACAAGGUGGAGACCAUUGGCGAUGCCUACAUGGUGGUGUCGGGGCUGCCAGUCCGGAACGGCAAGCUGCAUGCCCACGAGAUUGUGCGCAUGGCCCUCGCCCUGCUGGAGGCCGUGAAGACGUUCCGCAUCCGGCACAGGCCGAACGAGCAACUGCACCUGCGGAUCGGCAUCCACUCUGGGCCGGUGUGUGCUGGCGUGGUGGGCCUCAAGAUGCCGCGGUAUUGCCUCUUCGGGGACACGGUCAACACCGCCUCCCGCAUGGAGUCCAGUGGCGAGGCCCUGAAGAUCCAUGUCUCGUCCUCCACUAAGGAGAUCCUGGACGAGUUUGGCUGCUUCGAGCUGGAGCUGAGGGGAGACGUGGAGAUGAAGGGCAAGGGGAAAAUGCGAACCUUCUGGUUGCUGGGUGAGAAGGACAACGGUGUCAUCUGA